AUGGCCGUUGAUAACAACAGAUAUGAUAUAUAUGCAACUAGUACAUAUAUACUCUCUUUCUCACUCACCGUAUCCCAAGCCCUUGGUAAAUAUAUCAGCCAGGCUGUCAUAGUAGCAUCCGUCGGUGUUCUCUUCACCGCUACUGCCAACGCACCAUUUGAGACCAGCGCGACCCCGGGCAUCACAGGCUGCUACCAGUCUGCGGGAAGCGAUGAGCUCUUCUUACCGUUUGUUCUCUUUGCUCUCGAACUGGGAUUCAUAUCCCUCACGUUAGUACGUGCCAUACAGAGCUGGCGGACCGCCCGUAACCCUCUGUAUGAUAUCCUGCUGAAGCACAACAUACUCUAUUAUGCAUGCGGUCUAUUUUUCUCGGCGGUGAACGUACUCACGUCACUGUUCCUCCACUAUGCGUACAACGCUAUGUUGCAAGAUUUCCAGCUCAUCAUCCUCGCGAUCCUUGCCACACGCAUGCACCUCCAUCUCUGGCAUGUCGACCGGCACAUACAUGGAUCUGACGCCCUCAUGCUUAUUCCUCUCACUGAUGUGUCGUCUGCGGGCCGCGCGGGUUGA